AUGUCUGGAAUCAGUCUGGAAUCAGUCGGGAUCAGCCUGGGAUCAGUCUGGAAUCAGCCUGGAAUCAGUCUGGGAUCAGUCUGGAAUCAGUCUGGAAUCAGCCUGGGAUCAGCCUGGGAUCAGUCUGGGAUCAGCCUGGGAUCAGCCUGGAAUCAGCCUGGAAUCAGUCUGGGAUCAGUCUGGAAUCAGCCUGGAAUCAGCCUGGAAUCAGCCUGGGAUCAGUCUGGAAUCAGCCUGGAAUCAGCCUGGAAUCAGUCUGGAAUCAGCCUGGGAUCAGUCUGGAAUCAGCCUGGAAUCAGCCUGGAAUCAGUCUGGAAUCAGUCUGGAAUCAGCCUGGGAUCAGCCUGGGAUCAGUCUGGAAUCAGUCUGGGAUCAGCCUGGGAUCAGCCUGGGAUCAGUCUGGAAUCAGCCUGGGAUCAGCCUGGAAUCAGCCUGGAAUCAGCCUGGGAUCAGCCUGGGAUCAGCCUGGGAUCAGCCUGGAAUCAGCCUGGAAUCAGCCUGGAAUCAGCCUGGGAUCAGCCGGGGAUCAGUCUGGAAUCAGUCUGGAAUCAGUCUGGAAUCAGCCUGGGAUCAGCCUGGAAUCAGUCUGGAAUCAGCCUGGGAUCAGCCUGGGAUCAGUCUGGAAUCAGCCUGGGAUCAGCCUGGAAUCAGCCUGGAAUCAGCCUGGGAUCAGCCUGGGAUCAGCCUGGGAUCAGCCUGGAAUCAGCCUGGAAUCAGCCUGGAAUCAGCCUGGGAUCAGCCAGGGAUCAGCCUGGAAUCCGUCUGGAAUCAGUCUGGAAUCAGCCUGGGAUCAGCCUGGAAUCAGUCUGGAAUCAGCCUGGGAUCAGCCUGGGAUCAGUCUGGAAUCAGCCUGGAAUCAGCCUGGAAUCAAGACUCGACUUUAAAACUUUAAAACUCGACAUUUCAGAAGCUGGUGGUGGAGCACGGUACUGCAGCUGGUGGUGGAGCAUGGUACUGCAGCUGGUGGUGGAGCAUGGUACUGCAGCUGGUGGUGGAGCACGGUACUGCAGCUGGUGGAGCACGGUACUGCAGCUGAUGGUGGAGCAUGGUACUGCAGCUGGUGGUGGAGCACGGUACUGCAGCUGGUGGUGGAGCACGGUACUGCAGCUGGUGGUGGAGCAUGGUACUGCAGCUGGUGGUGGAGCAUGGUACUGCAGCUGGUGGUGGAGCACGGUACUGCAGCUGGUGGUGGAGCAUGGUACUGCAGCUGGUGGUGGAGCAUGUUACUGCAGCUGGUGGAGCGCGGUACUGCAGCUGGUGGUGGAGCACGGUACUGCAGCUGGUGGUGGAGCACGGUACUGCAGCUGGUGGUGGAGCAUGGUACUGCAGCUGGUGGUGGAGCAUGGUACUGCAGCUGGUGGUGGAGCAUGGUACUGCAGCUGGUGGAGCACGGUACUGCAGCUGGUGGUGGAGCACGGUACUACAGCUGGUGGUGGAGCACGGUACUGCAGCUGGUGGUGGCGCACGGUACUGCAGCUGGUGGUGGAGCACGGUACUGCAGCUGGUGGUGGCGCACGGUACUGCAGCUGGUGGUGGAGCACGGUACUGCAGCUGGUGGUGGAGCACGGUACUGCAGCUGGUGGUGGAGCACGGUACUGCAGCUGGUGGUGGAGCACGGUACUGCAGCUGGUGGUGGAGCACGGUACUGCAGCUGGUGGUGGAGCACGGUACUGCAGCUGGUGGUGGAGCACGGUACUGCAGCUGGUGGUGGAGCACGGUACUGCAGCUGGUGGUGGAGCACGGUACUGCAGCUGGUGGUGGAGCACGGUACUGCAGCUGGUGGUGGAGCACGGUACUGCAGCUGGUGGUGGAGCACGGUACUGCAGCUGGUGGUGGAGCACGGUACUGCAGCUGGUGGUGGAGCAUGGUACUGCAGCUGGUGGUGGAGCACGGUACUGCAGCUGGUGGUGGAGCAUGGUACUGCAGCUGGUGGUGGAGCACUGGUACUGCAGCUGGUGGUGGAGCACGGUACUGCAGCUGGUGGUGGAGCACGGUACUGCAGCUGGUGGUGGAGCACGGUACUGCAGCUGGUGGUGGAGCAUGGUACUGCAGCUGGUGGUGGAGCAUGGUACUGCAGCUGGUGGUGGAGCACGGUACUGCAGCUGGUGGUGGAGCACGGUACUGCAGCUGGUGGUGGAGCACGGUACUGCAGCUGGUGGUGGAGCACGGUACUGCAGCUGGUGGUGGAGCACGGUACUGCAGCUGGUGGUGGAGCACGAGGAAGAGCAGGAGGAGGAAGAGCAGGAGGAUGAAGAGCAGGAGGAGGAAGAGCAGGAGGAGAAAAAGCAGGAGGAGGAAGAGCAGGAGGAGGAAGAGCAGGAAGAGAAAGAGCAGGAAGAGAAAGAGCAGGAGGAGGAAGAGCAGGAGGAGGAAGAGCAGGAGGAGGAAGAGCAGGAGGAGGAAGAGCAGGAGGAGGAAGAGCAGGAGGAGGAGUUGAAUAUGAUGAAGAGAAACACAGAAAUGUCAGAAAUGUGA